AUGACAGCCCCCCACAAGCUCGACAAGCUCGGCAAAGACGACACCGAACACGAAGACGUCUUUGGCCCGCGUCCGCCACCAGGCUACACCGCCUUGCGAGCCGCCACCUCGCAGAUCCUGCUUCCGCUGACCGUCUCCAACAAGUGCGGCCAAGCCUUCCGAUGGCGGGGCAACAAAGUCUGGCUCCCUCUCUCAUCCGGACAAUACGAGGAGCAAAUCGAAUGGUCCCUCUGUCUCUCCGACCGCGUCGUUCUUCUACGCCAAGACGAGCACCGGGGUUUCCUCUACCACAGGACCCUACUUCCCUCAUCUCACGAUAACGAUCCAGCGGUGAGCCGCGAGACGAGCCGCUUCCUCUCCGACUACCUCAGCCUCGACGUGCCGCUCGAGGCGCUCUACGCCGAGUGGGCCGAGAAGGAUCCCGUCUUUGCUCGGUUCGCGACCCGCUUCUCGGGUCUGCGCAUGUUGCGGCAGGAUCCGUGGGAGUGUCUAUGCGCCUUCGUGUGCAGUUCGAACAACAACAUCGCGAGGAUCGGCCAGAUGGUGCAGAACCUGUGCACGCAUUUUUCGCCGGUGUUGCUGGAGCAUUUGUACCCAGCGCCACCAGUGGUCGAUGGCGACAGCGAGGUGGAGAGAAAGCCAGGGAAGGUGGAACAGGGAGAGGUGAGGAUAGCGUAUCACCCGUUUCCGCCACCGGAGGCGCUGGCCAAGGAAGGGGUCGAGGAGAAGCUGAGGGAGCUCGGGUUUGGGUACCGCGCCAAAUAUCUUGCUCGGACUGCGCAGAUGUUGUGCGAGAAGCAUGCACAGUCGAAGAGCGGAUCUUCCGCAGGUCAGAUGGCAGACCAUCUGAGCGAGUCGCACUGGUUGUUCGGUAUCAAGGGCGAGGACAGCACUAGCUUCUCGUUCGACGAGCAGCCGAGUCCACCCAUCUCGACCGAGGACGCGGCUGACGUCGAGCCAGCGGCCAAGCGUAGUCGACGAACCGCAUCCCACCAAAGUCGCACCACCUCAAUUUCGCCACCAGCCCCCAACACCGACCUCGAAACCAAGUCCUUCCCCUCAGUUCGCGCCUACCUCCAACACCUGCGCAGGCUCCCCUACGCCUCGGCUCGCCAAGAAUUGCUUCAAUUACCCGGCGUAGGACCCAAAGUGGCCGACUGCAUCCUGCUCAUGUCGCUCGACCAAGCCUCAUCCAUCCCUGUCGACCGGCACGUCUUCCAGUUUGCCGAAAAGUGGUAUCGGCUGCGCACGAAGAAGUACGAGGAGAUCGCAGAGUACUUUCGCCAGCUGUGGGGCGGGUAUGCGGGCUGGGCGCACAGUGUGCUGUUUACGGCGGAUCUGAGGAGCUUUGCUGAUUACAAGGUUGCGAAGAAGGAAGAGGCAAAGGUAGAGGGUGAGUUCUGGGGUGGGGCAGGGAAAGCGGAAGUGGGUUUGCUGACUCCGCCACCAAGUCAGGGGGUGAAGGAGGAGCAGCAGUUGCAGGCGGUACACUCGCCGCCCAGGAUGGCCAUUCCCGAGCUGGUGCCGCAGUCGAUGAAGGUGGAAGGCGGGACGCUUGCCGAGAGGAUAAAGAGCCGACCCAAACGGAAGAGCCGAACGAGCUGA